AUGGUCGGCCUGUCUUGUUGUUUAGAGACGGUGUAUCUGGGAUCCCAGUUUUUAGAGCCGGCUCUUCGUAGAGCGAUGGAACUCACUGACGCUGCUUACACCCGAACGAGCGAAAGAGUGAAGAUGUCUCUGUCUGAAGGGGCUCUACGGCCCAGCGACCUCCUGGCGCAGUUCAAACAGGCCGAGCCCAGCACCAGGGCUCACAUCCAGGCUGCAGAGCUCCUGGACAACACAGUAGAGCUGAUCAGAGAGAUGGUCUACACUCACACCAUGGUCAUGCCAGACCACAGUGAGCUGCUGAGUGACGGGGAUGUGGAGGAGCUGCUGCAGGUGACUGGAUGCUCCUCUGAGCUGAAGAGCAUGCACUGUGACACCGACUGUCUCUCCGAGCGAUACAGAUCCAUCACGGGGGAGUGCAACAAUAGACAGCGUUCUAGUUGGGGUGCUGCAAACAUCCCCUACUCCCGCUGGCUGGAGCCAGAGUAUGAGGACGCCACCGGCAUGCCGAGAGGCUGGGACCCGGACCACUCCUACAACGGCUUCAGCCUGCCUCCGGUGAGGCUGGUGUCCCAGGAGGUGCUGUACACCCACAACGACAACAUCUCCCUGGACUCCACCCUGUCCCACCUGCUGGUGGAGUGGGGCCAGUGGAUCGACCACGACCUGGCCCUGACCCCCCAGAGCCCCAGCACCGCCGCCUUCAGGACCGCCGUGGACUGCACCCGCAGCUGCAGCCGCGACACGCCCUGCUUCCCCAUCCAGAUCCCGUCCUCGGACCCCCGCACCGGCCUCCAGAGCUGCAUGCCCUUCUUCCGCUCGGCACCGAGCUGCGGGCGCGGCCCCCUGGGGAGGGGCCACCGGGAACAGCUCAACGCCAUCACCUCGUACGUGGACGCCAGCAUGGUGUACGGCAGUUCGCCCGGCGUGGCCUCGGCCCUGCGCGACCGCCUCUCCCCCCGGGGCGCCCUGGCUCUCAACCCGCAGCACUCCGACCACGGCCUGGCCUACAUGCCCUUCCUGAGCCGCGGGCCACAGGCUCGCCUGGACCCCUGUGGCCCUCGAAGGGGGGGGAACCUGUCCUCCUCAGGGCCGCAAGAUGGGUCCCCACGCCGGGAUAACGCCACCUCUUGUUUUCAGGCUGGAGACUCCAGAGCCAAUGAGCAUCUGGGGAUGAUCGCGCUGCACACCAUGUUCCUGAGAGAGCACAACCGGUUGGUGGAGGCGUUGUAUGGCCUCAACCCACACUGGAGCCCCGACACCCUCUAUCAGGAGGCCCGCAAGAUCAUGGGGGCCGUCCACCAGGUCCUGACGUGGGACCACUAUCUCCCUCGGGUCCUGGGGGAGAGCGCUCUCUCCCGCCUCAUGCCCGCCUAUGAGGGCUAUAACGCUGACGUGGACCCCAGUGUUGCUAAUGUAUUUGCCGCGGCUGCAUUCCGCUUUGCCCACGUCACCAUCCAGCCCAUGGUGGCUCGGCUGGGGCCGGGGUACAGCCUGGACCCCCAGCACCCGCCGCUGGCUCUGCACCACUCCCUGUUCGCCUCCUGGAGGGUGGUGCAGGAAGGGGGGGUGGACCCAGUGCUGCGGGGUCUCCUGCUGUCCCCGGCUAAGCUGCAGGUUCCAGGGCAGAUGAUGGUGGAGGAGCUGACGGAGCGGCUGUUCCAGGCCCAGGGCGGGAUGCCCCUGGACCUGGGGGCCCUCAACCUGCAGCGGGGGCGAGACCAUGGACUGCCUGGAUACAGCUCUUGGAGGGAGUUCUGUGGCCUCUCCGUCCCCAACACCACCGCGGACCUCGCCGACGUCCUGGGGAACCGGCCUUUGGCGCACAAGUUCCUGGAGCUCUACGGCACGGCACGCAACAUUGACGUCUGGGUGGGGGCCAUCUCGGAGCCGGCGCUGCCCGGGGGCCGCGUGGGGCCGCUGCUGGCCUGCCUCCUAGCGAGGCAGUUCAGGGCCCUGAGGGAUGGGGACAGGUUCUGGUGGGAGAGGGAAGGUGUCUUCACCGCAGCGCAGCGUAAGCAGCUGAGAACCGCGUCUCUCUCACGCAUCAUCUGUGACAACAGUCACAUCCAGCGCGUCCCCGCGGACCCCUUCUCCCGCACCGAGAGCGCAGACGCAAUGCUGCCCUGCGCCCACCCCCUCAUCCCCCAGCUGGACCUCGGCCCCUGGAAAGAACCGGACACGGACCCCAGGUGUGGUGUCAUACCAAGGGUCCAGUACGGCUAUUCUCUGCUGUGUGGCUCAGUGGUUCUCUUCCAGUGCCGCACUGGCUUCACGCUCCAGGGCCCUCCCUCUGUCAGGUGUGAUCCGGGCAGCCAGCACUGGACACCAGCACCUCCUAUCUGCCACGACCCGAACCCAUCCGUAGGGUCAGUUCUGGGGGCCGUUGUGGCUGUCCUGGCAGGCGUCCUCAUCCUGGCCCUGCUGCUGGUUUGGUACAGAAGAUAUUUCCCAAAUAAACAAGAACUGGUGAAUGAAGGAUGCUGUAAGCAGAACAGCUAA